AACCCUGCUCCCACUGCUGGACAUGAGAGUGACAGUAAUGGCAUUGACUGGAAUGAGGUCGUAAUAGUGGACAAACCCGAUUCUGCAGAAGGUGUUGCCAAAGGAGAAGAUGCCAUGUCAUUAUUGGACAAUCCACGUACAAGGACAUUGUUUAUUGAUGAUCUUAUGGAGUUGGAGGCGUUCUUGUCCCAGCGGUUGUUUGAGCUGGAGUCGGACUCUGUGGGUGGAGAUGUCCUGGUCAGCGGUCAGAUGCAGGACGCCCCUCCCUCCAUACAGCUCCACCAGGACACAGUGACCAGUAUGAUCGGUCAGGUCAGGGAUGUUAUAGCGGCAUUCAGCACGGUCAAGAUGCAUCACCUUCUGUCCAUCAGGAACUCUCCCAGGUAUGUGGAACGUUUAAAGGACACAUUAAAACAGAUGUUAAACUUGGCUGACAAGAUGGUGUUCCUGGAGAAAGAGAUGGUCGUCAAACAUAAGGAUGCUGAGACUGAGCAGUCAGAAACACAGCCUAAACUAGAACUAGUCAUCAAACGCACCAAAGAACUGCAAAAACAGAUGGAAGCUGAAAUAUCGAAGCGAUACAAGGACCGAGUGGUGAAUAUAAUGGGAGAAAUAAACACAAUGUGAUGAUAGUCCUAGUUAUAGACCACACACAAUUGUGAUAACUAAAUCAGAUGUGAUUGAAGAUGUCCAUGGACCAAGUCAAUAAAAAGUAUCACAUAAUAUCAUAAAUGUGUAUACAAAGUGUAACAGGCACUCAUAGAAAGAGGGAAGAGCAGGUUUAUUAAAUAAAGAUCUUGUUUUCCAUACUAGAUUGAAAAAAUUGUCUAGAGUGACAAUUUAAAGCUGAGAUGGAGUAUAUUGUUAACUUUUUCUGUAACAUGUGAUAUUUAUAAUAAAAUUAUGG